AUGUUCUUCAGACAAAUAUUCAAGUUUUUCGGUUAUGAUUCAACGUUUGAUAAACCCUUAAACUCGAGUUCUGUUGUUGAUGUUGUUGAUGUUGUUGAUGUUGUUGAUGUUGUUGAUGUUGUUGAUGUUGUUGAUGUUGUUGAUGUUGUUGAUGUUGUUGAUGUUGUUGAUGUUGUUGAUGUUGUUGAUGUUGUUGAUGUUGUUGAUGUUGUUGAUGUUGUUGAUGUUGUUGAUGUUGUUGAUGUUGUUGAUGUUGUUGAUGUUGUUGAUGUUGUUGAUGUUGUUGAUGUUGUUGAUGUUGUUGAUGUUGUUGAUGUUGUUGAUGUUGUUGAUGUUGUUGAUGUUGUUGAUGUUGUUGAUGUUGUUGAUGCUGUUGAUGCUGUUGAUGCUGUUGAUGCUGUUGAUGCUGUUGAUGCUGUUGCUGUUGCUGUUGCUGUUGCUGUUGCUGUUGCUGUUGCUGUUGCUGUUGCUGUUGCUGUUGCUGUUGCUGUUGCUGUUGCUGUUGCUGUUGCUGUUGCUGUUGCUGUUGCUGUUGCUGUUGCUGUUGCUGUUGCUGUUGCUGUUGCUGUUGCUGUUGCUGUUGCUGUUGCUGUUGCUGUUGCUGUUGCUGUUGCUGUUGCUGUUGCUGUUGCUGUUGCUGUUGCUGUUGCUGUUGCUGUUGCUGUUGCUGUUGCUGUUGCUGUUGCUGUUGCUGUUGCUGUUGCUGUUGCUGUUGCUGUUGCUGUUGCUGUUGCUGUUGCUGUUGCUGUUGCUGUUGCUGUUGCUGUUGCUGUUGCUGUUGCUGUUGCUGUUGCUGUUGCUGUUGUUGUAUAA